AUGGUCCGCAUCAUCCUCCCCUCGGCCCUCUUCAUGGCCAGCCUCGCAGCGGCCGCCAUGUCGAGCGACGGCAGCUGCGGCGGCACGCUGGGCAACACGUGCCAGGGCAGCACGUUUGGCAACUGCUGCUCGGCGUACGGCUGGUGCGGCAGCAGCGACGUGUUCUGCGGCGCCGGCUGCCAGGACGAGUUUGGCAGCUGCAACGCGCCGUCGGCCAGCACCAGCAACGUCUCGACCGACGGCAGCUGCGGCAACGCGGGCGGCAAGACGUGCCUGGGCAGCGCGUUUGGCGGCUGCUGCAGCGCGUACGGGUACUGCGGCACUGGGGAUGUGUACUGCGGCCAGGGAUGUGAUCCUGCCUUUGGUACUUGCACCGGUCCUGCGUCUGCUUCGACUGCUUUCUCGGAGCAGUCCUCGACCCAGUCGUCGACCCAGUCGUCGUCGGCCUCGGCUGAUGCCACCACGGCUGCGACCUCGGACUCGACGUCUGCUUCAGCCACCUCUGCCACCUCGGUGUCUUCCAGCUCCGAUGCCGCAGAUUCGUCGUCGUCGUCGUCUGUUUCCACCGUCGUGGCACAACAGACUACUUUGAGCACCAGCACCAUCACGCCUACCAGCAGCUCCAGCAGCAGCUCCAGCACUACCUCUUCGUCCAGUUCGAGCAGCAGCAGCACCACCACCUCAACCUCCAAGACCUCCACUUCGACCACUUCGACCACGUCUUCCUCCAAGACUUCCUCAAGCUCUACCAAGACCACCUCGACCACCUCCUCUGCAACCCCCUCGUCGACCGUCAAGGUCAGCACUGACGGAACCUGCGGCGGCACCAAAGGCCUCAAGUGCCCUGGAACCCAGUGCUGCUCCCAGAACGGCUUCUGCGGCACCACGGACGACUUUUGCAGCUUCGGAUGCCAGUCGUCGUUCGGCACCUGCAAGGCCUGCCCGGGCCCCAGCUGCAACGGCAAGGUGGCGGGCAAGGCGACGUGCAGCGCCGACGACGGCAAGUGCUACGUGCAGAACGGCAAGAACUUCUUCAUCGACUGCGGCGGCAAGACGGCGGCCGGCAACGUCAUCGCCUCGGACCCGGCCAAGACCCUCGACGCCUGCAUCGUCGCCUGCUCAAAGAACGCCCAGUGCGUCGCCGCCAGCCUGUACACGGGCAUGGGCACCACCACCUGCCAGCUGCUCGGCACCUACAACGGCAGGAGCACCAGCAGCGGCGCCACGGGGCAGCUGGCGUAUGUCAAGCCUGCCAGCUGCAGUUAG